CACCAUCUUACAGCUAUUACCUGGAGUAUCGGAAGUUUGACGUUGGGAGUUUGCUUUUCUUUUUCUUAUACACAGGGUGGUUAUCGAUAUAUGCUGAUAUCCAAUGACUGCGUCCCCUCAUGCAUGGGCUAAUAUUCGGCUGUCACUUUAUGGUUUGAUGCGGCAGCGAUGUAACAGUUUGACUGUUUUUGUUUCUAUCACAGUUAUUGCAGCAGACGGCGUUAGCGAUUUCGGUUGUACCUUAGCAAACAGAUCUUUGAGCAAAACAUUGGUGUGGGCUGACUUGUUCACACCAGGACGGUUUUGGUCGGGGAAGCUUUCUGUUCUUUAUUCUGUAUUUGUGGGCGACUUAUUGAUGCUUGGAUGUCCGAUGGGACAGGCCCGGUGCCUUAUGGACAUGAUUACGUUUAUGAAAUUAUAUGUAUUUUCUAGACUCUACAGACCGCUCUGUAAAUGUUUUCCUGAUAAUAGAUUCUGAACUAGAUACUGGUAGUUGAUCGAAUGAGACACGACGGAAAUCCAUCCGCCGCGACCCAAACAAACCAAACCAGAUCCAUAACAUACCUACUUUCAACAUACACCACC